GAGGUGUUCUCAAGAGUUUUAACUGACUUUUCCAUUUUUAUUUUUCAAUAAAAGUUGGAAAACUCAUCAUGGAUAGAAGAAUGAUGAUGAUUCGCCAAGGCCUUUCAGGUGAACCACUUCAAACCAACGACCUGCCAGGGCCUGAAGCUGUGGUCGACCACACAAGUGGGAACGAGGAACGCCCCAAACACUGCGGUAACAUCGACACACUUACAGCACAUUUGUUAUCGAUGGUUACUCCAGACAUGUGGAAAGAAUAUGUAGAUAGUCUGUGUGAAAUGACCUCAGAGGAGGUUCAGCAUAGUUUAAUGCUGGAUUUCACUAAAAUGUUUGCCAAGGUCACCGUGGCAAGAUGCUACGAAGACAUUUCAGAGACCGCAGCGGAUUGUUUUUGCGACAGCCUGCUUAAAUGUUUUUCAGACAUGUCCAGUCUCGUCGGAAAUACCCAGAAAGACACACUGGACCAUUUCAGAGACUCUGUUGUCAGCCGUACGUCGGAGUCUGUCGACAAAUCGAAGGUUGUCAAGAAAAAUGUCCUGAAAAGGGCAACCAGCAAAGCCUUCAAAAUGGCAAGAGGCGUUUUUGGCCACCAGAACAAACCUAAAGAAGGUUUUACAAAUGUUGAACAGAGUUCAGAAAAUGGCAAAGUUCGGUCCUCUGUUCAACAACCCAUGGAAGAUUACGGCCCCAAGCCAGCCUCCGAAAACACUCCUGUCUCCUCAAAGAAAAAGGUAAUUUAUCUCCCAGUGUCACGUUUACUGAAAUUUCGGUUUGGAAGAAAUAAGGUACACCCAUUUUUACCGUCUGAUGACCUGAUGAACAGUCCUGAUCGAUCCAUGGAAGAAUACAGCCUCAAACCAGCCUCCAAAAACAGCCCUGAUC